GUCGCGGGAGAGAGGAGGCAGAUGCUUCCCGAGGCGCAGCCCCGCCGGAGGGGCUCGACCCUGAGUAGUGCCUGUCCGCCCCCUCCGGGACGCGGGGACCCAGCGGGCGGGUGUCGGGGAGCGGGCAGCGCCAUGCGCCCCUCAGAGCGGUGAAGGGCCGGCCGGGCUGCUCCGGUGCGGGCACGGAGCCGCCGCGGAGGUGGCCCGAGGUGACGGGAGGCCGGGAGAGUGCCGCGCCAGCGUCGGUAGCGCUGCCACCAAGGGUCAUCUACAUCGUGUCUCUCCAAGAAGACUCCACAAUGAAAAAAACAACCCAGAGUUGCUUCUUACUCAUCAUCCUUCUAACUAGAAUUGUUCCAAGUCUUUCUUCUACUGUAAAUUAUACUGAUCCUACAUUAGAGCCUGUAGUAACAGAAAAUUCAGUCAUACGGCAGAAGAUAAUAGAUUCACAAUUCAAAUGUUAUGAGAGGAUGAACAGAGCUCCUCCAUACAAGAAAAAAGGUCUGUUCUGCAACCGAACGUGGGAUGGCUGGUUGUGCUGGGAUGACACACCUGCUGGAAGGCUCACUGCUCAGAAUUGUCCAGAUUAUUUUCCAGACUUUGACCCAACUGAGAGGGCCUCAAAAUAUUGUGAUGAAACUGGAAAUUGGUUUCGCCAUCCUGAGAGCAACCGAACUUGGUCCAACUACACCCUGUGCAACUCUUUCACCUCUGAAAAAUUGAAGAUGGCGUUCAUACUUUAUUAUAUGGCGAUCGUUGGCCAUGCUUUGUCUAUAACAUCCCUGUUGAUUUCCUUGGCAAUUUUCUUCUAUUUCAAGAGCCUCAGCUGUCAGAGGAUAACACUGCAUAAGAAUUUGUUUUUUUCCUAUGUGCUGAACUCCAUGUUUACAAUUGCCCACCUCAUUGCUGUCGUCCCUAACCCAGGCCUUGUAAAAAGGGAUCCUGUAAGCUGCAAAGUGCUGCAAUUCUUUCAUCAGUACAUGCUGGGCUGCAACUACUUCUGGAUGCUGUGUGAAGGCAUUUAUCUUCACACGCUGAUCGUGGUGGCAGUGUUUGCCGAAGAGCAGCGUUUGCACUGGUAUUACCUCUUGGGCUGGGGGUUCCCUUUAGUGCCAGCAUCCAUUCAUGCAGUUGCAAGAGCCAGAUACUUCAAUGACAACUGCUGGAUGAGUGUUGAUACACACUUGCUUUAUAUUGUUCAUGGACCUGUAAUGGCAGCUUUAUUGGUCAAUUUUUUCUUUUUGCUUAAUAUUGUCCGAGUUUUGGUGACAAAGCUGAGAGACACCCACCGUGCUGAGUCCAACAUGUAUAUGAAAGCUGUCAGAGCCACUUUAAUCCUGGUGCCCUUACUAGGAAUUCAGUUUGUUAUUAUUCCCUGGAGACCAGAAAACCGACUUGCUGGAGAAAUAUAUGAUUACAUCAUGCAUAUACUAAUGCAUUACCAGGGCUUACUUGUGGCUACUAUAUUCUGCUUCUUCAAUGGUGAGGUCCAGGGAGCUCUGAAGAGGCAAUGGACGCAGUACAAGACCCAGUGGGGCCAAAGGCGCCGCGAGCACUGCUCCACACGAUCUACCUCCUACACUGCCACGUCAAUCACAGAGGUCCCUGUUUACCUCUACCACCACGACACCAACAAUGAACAGUUAAAUGGAAGAUACAUGGAGGACUCUGAACUCGUUGCAUUAAAAUCUGGAGACACAUCUGCCUAGCUCAGCACCAGCCACUGCAAACACAUCGUUUCAUGUUCUGCUUGUGAAAAAACUGGGGAGAAGGGUGGGAGUGUGGAAAUCCAAGAUGCUGUGUCAGAGUGCAGGCCAAGGCAGAAGGACACAUCCUAUUCAAACCACAUCAACCUCUGACAACAAUGACAUAGAUGAAGUGUGAUGCAGACCUGGAAUAGCAUUUCUCCCUGUGCACUGCAGCAGGGAGUGAACAUGGACCUGCCCACCAGGCUGUGUAAAUCUCCACAUCUCCUGAUACCAGCUGUAUGAAGUGACCAUCUGACAUUCGUAACAACCCCAGGUAGCUGAGAGCAAAUAGGAAAGAAAGAACCAGUAUGUGGCAAUUGGAAACUUUCAGCACUUUUUGCUUUUGGUACUUUUCCUUAAUGCUACAUUUUAAACCAUCAACUCUCACAAUGUGUAACUGAUUUGGAGUCCUUUAUUUUUCCCUUUUAAUGAGCUUAAUGACUGCUUAAAAGAUUUUGCACCUUGCAAGACAAAUCAAACAUAUGAACAGCAGAAAGUCAUUCCAAAGUAUUGAAAUCUUGAUACUUUCCAAAGAAUGCCACAAAACAUUACCAUCGCCAAAGGAUACCCCAAAAUACUGUCAUCUUAUUUGCAGGGGCAUAAAGUAAAUUAAGGUGAAAUAGUCAUUGCAUACCAAGAUCUCAAACACCCUCAGAGAAACAGAUCAAUUAUUCAGACUUAAUGACAGAAGUCCUGAAGGCCUCUCAAAAUAGAUUUCGUUUAACAAUACUGGUAGUUCAGGAAUAUUUAUUUAUAGGAAAAAUUGUCACCCUAUUACAUUGCCCAGAAACUCAUCAUUAAGACACAAAUAUCUCACUCUGAAUAAAUUGUGACAUUUGUUUGGGAACUAUGGUUUUAUUUCAUAGACAUUCUGAGUUGAGUGCUAGAUGAAUGCUUAUAAAUUUGUUAUAAAUGUGUUAUAAAUUUGUGAUCAAGUAAAUGUUCCCAUGAAAGAAAUCAGAAAACAAUAUCUUAGCACAGGAAGCAUCUACUUUUAGAAUCUGGUUGCUCUCCUGAGUUCCUAAUCAUUAAAUAUUCUUGACAAAAACCUUGAUAAUCUAUUUCCACUUCUAUUGAAAUUAGCAGACAAAUCUCUGUUAACUUGGAUGAGCAAUGAACAACUCUCUUCAGUGUUCAGGAAUGAGUUAUGCAAUACGGUUAAGUGUAGACUUCAAAAUCAUGAGGCCAUUUCUUCCACAGUGCUUUGAAACCAUUUUUAAAUAUUGUAUCCAGCCAGGCUGAUUUCCCUUCUCUGACACCACCAGACAUGAAACUUUACCCUCAACUUGUGGAUUUUCAACUUGUGGAUUUUAAAUGGAGGAAAAAUGUACAUGUCCAGCUACACGAGUCACCAUCUCACUGGAAAAGUCCCUUCCAGGAACAAGUUCAUGAGGAAGAGCUGUAAAGCCAGCACUACGAGAAGGGGCCAGAUUUGCCUUAUCCAUAUAUGAGGCAAUGCCUUGAAGUGAAGGGGGCUGCUCUGUUUUCACCACCAGCACACGUACCAGCUGUGCACCACGACACAUUGUCCCCAGGGUGAGGAGAAAGCUGCUGGCUCUGCCACUCUAGAACAAAAGAGGAGCUGGGGAACAAGAAGGAAUUGUCUGCUGGCGGUGCAGAUCAUCACAUGGUCAAUCCAGCGGAACACUUACAAGAAAAUACCAUUGUGUGUGUUUGUUCAAGCCACAUACCUAUUUUUCAGACUUCAAGGAAUACAAAGACAGUUAUUUUUUCAAACAACAGUAUUUCUCAUAUUGCUAUUUCUACUUUCACCAGUGAACAACAGGAAAUGGAGGAGUCAGUUGUUAAAGAUGAUAAAGUGGCUCUGUUAUGAAUCUGUAUCGUUCUGAAUAGCUUUGGGGCACACUGCACUUCCCAGGAGGGCUGCAGAAGGCAUUCCUGCUUUCUAAAGACACAAGUGAGCUGAUUGUAAAAGAAAUGUGCAUAAUAGAGAGAGUUUAAUAACAAACAUGUUGGUUUUAAUAAUGUACGUGUUUACAACAUGUAAGUGCAAGUUGUUUCAAGGUCAGUUACAUUCAUGUGGAUGUACAAAAUGGAAAUGCUUUACCAUUAUAUUGAUUGUUUUCUUCACUCAUAUUUUCUUGCUCUGUUUAGUUGAGUGCUCUGAAAAGUCAGAUUAAGGGUCUGAGGUUUAAGGUAUUGUUUGCAGCUUUGGUGUGCUUGUGUCAGUCCUUAUGGAAGCUUUGGUUUCAGUCAAGGGAUGAUGAUUUCCAGACACUAAAAGACUGGUAUAAUGUACACACCAUACACACUGAGUUUAGGGCUGCCAUCACACUUGGGUUUGAUAGGAAAGACUGAGUUUUGAAGGUAUUAACUGCCUAAUUUCUAAUCAAAAUAUUUUCCAAUGGGAAAUGCUAUUUUUCUUCAUCUCAAGAUGGUUUGAAAUGCCGUCAUUGCAUACAUAAGGUACAUUUUAUUCUCUGCUUUAUAAAUAGUCCCAUACACUAGUGACAGUGAUAUAGAGAAUGCUGAUACAGCCUCAAUAAUUCCAGUUUUGACAGUAGGGUGGUUUGACUCUAAUAGAUUUCACAAAAACAGCAGAAACAAUAAUUAAUGUGUCAGCAUAUCGAAAAGUACAGAAAGAGCUGACACUUGAACCGAUGCAUUCAAGGUGUAUUUUAAGAGGAAAACAACCUCACAUUCUUCACUUCUGUAGAAUCUGUUUCCUCUCAAACACCACACCAAACACAUGAAAACCCAGUUCAGUGAGUUUUUGCUCUGGCAGAAGAUUUUGUGUGGUUGCUCUGAGCAACCAAAUCUAUCAGAAAGAUAGAUUUAGAUGGAUGCUGGUUGUUAUUCUUUAUGAGGUACAGAAACACAGCACAAAUUAAAAUAUUUGUUGUGGCAUGGGAUGUUGAAAGUAAGCCUUGAUUUUUAUUUUAUUUACUUAAUAAAUAUAUUUUAUCUGAAAUAAAACAGCAACAAAAGUAGAACAGACAAUUUUCUCUGUAUUAAAAUUGUUAGCGAUAAUGGUCCCUUAAUUAAAACACUACAGACUGCUCAUGUAGCAAAAUAACUCUGCUUUGGGAUAAGAACAACCCUGCAAAUGUGGUGAAUUUCUGUUCUCUUCUCCCAUUCUUUGCCAGCCUCAAUAAACAAAAUGUUGGCAGACUUACAAAGAUGAAAUCUGAAGCACUGAAAAUGUAAAAGGUACCUACAUUUCCACUGAUAUGAAUUUUUAAAGUUUGGUUUGUCUUUGUGAAGCUAAAUACUGCUUAAAAAUUUGAGGAUUUGUAACCUAAAAGUCAUUUGCACUGAAAGAGUAAUUGAUCCCAAGCCAAUGAGAAUCUGCAGUGUGAACAUGCCCUCUCUGCCCUCUACACAACUUUUUAUAUACUUCCAGGUGGGUACCAAAUAUGUAUUUAAGAACCCCUUGGCUGAGUAUUCAGAGCAUAAUAGAAAAGAUAAAGUAAAUCUCAGCAUCACAAAUACAGAUUGCCCUCAUCCUAACAAAGGAUAGCUGCUUUAACCAGUGAAAUCAAGUGCAGAGAAGUCUCCCAUUGUUGAGCAUGUUUUACUGCUGCAGGAAAAGGAAGCAUUGGGGUAAAAUGACUAACCAGGUUGUGGUAUUGUGAGUCUCAGGAAACACAAAUCUGCACAGUCAGCACUGGGGAUCACUUAGGCCUGGAUCACACACCUUUGCAUAGGGACCAUUUAGAAAACCUGAUGAAUCCCUAUCAAAACUUAUUUUCCAUUAUUUCAUAGCAGCAAAGAUGGACACUGUGCUCUGCUGGGGCAGAGGAAGGUAUUUAACUCUCUUUAUAUUCCCUUUAAGAUUUUCUUCAUAAUCAAAUUUCAGAAUCUCACAAGCCUAUCUUUAAAAGAAACAAUUAUCUUCAGCCCAUUUUAAAAAUAAAUUAGCAUUGAUUUUAAGACACUGGUCCUUUUUCUCUCACUGCAAGCAAAAGCAGCUUUGAGAAGUGACCACACUACAGGAGGAUCCUUUGUGUAAUGUGCAAUGCAUGUCCAUGUGUGAGUACAUGCAACCCCCCUAUGCCCAAGUGCUGGUGAUGUUGGUUUGGUUGGUAUGGUCAAAGGGAUCCAGCUCCUUCCCCCAUAUGCAUUGUAUUUCUCUCCCCCUCAACAUCACUAUCAUAAGAUAGUGUUUAUUUCCCAAUCUGUGUUUCCUAGGUAUUUUCAAGAGAAACAUUUUUCCUUUACAGUUGCAACUGAUGUUGUCUUGCUCUUGGUCCAAGAUAUACUCACCAAAAUCAGACUGGAAAAUGUGCAUUUUGGUCCAAACCAGGUUAUAGAAUUCAAUUGCUUGUUCCACACUGUUUGUUUUUUUUUAAACUACCCUCUGGAAGUAUGGAAAAGGUAGGUGCAGGUUUAAAACUAAGUAAAGGAUGAAAGUCUGAGCACACAAACCAAGUAUCUUUAGAAGCAGAGUAACAUUAUCUUUUUUUACUUUUGACUGACUACAAUCCUGUUAUUUAAAAACAUUUGAAAAAAUAGAAAAAAUCUAAACAGAUCUUGAGAAGUUGUAAGUUAUGCAAAAGACACCAAUAAACCAACCAUCUGGAAAGCCUA